UGUACCUUUUCGUUUCCUUUCUCUAUAUAGCAUAGCAUCCCAUUGAAAGAAAUUGUUCCAAACCUUUUAGUUUGUUAAUAUGGAGCAAGAAAAAGAGAAGAGAGAAGAAAGGGAGCAUGAGAAAUGGGUUUAUGAUGGUUCUGUGGAUUGUAAAGGCAAAGUUCCCCUUCGUGCUAAAACUGGUGUAUGGAUAGCUUCUCUCUUUGUCCUAACAAUUGAAUUUAGUGAAAGGGUAAGCUUCUUUGGAAUAGCUGCAAAUCUUAUAUCAUACCUAACUAAGGUGAUGCAUGAAGACCUCAAAACUGCAGCAAAGGAUGUAAACUAUUGGUCAGGAACAACAACCUUGAUGCCUCUAAUUGGUGGAUUUCUUGCUGAUGCUUACACUGGUCGAUUUCCUAUGAUCCUAUUUUCUUCCCUCGUCUACCUUUUGGGGUUAAUCCUGUUGACUAUGUCUCAAUACAUACCAAGUUUAAAGACAUGCAACACAAAGAAAUGUCUGCAGCCAAGAAAACUUCAUGAAGUAGUUUUCUUCCUUGCCCUUUACUGUAUCUCCUUGGGCACUGGAGGACACAAACCAUGCUUGGAAAGCUUUGGAGCUGAUCAAUUUGAUGAAGAUCACGUCGAAGAAAGGAAGAAGAAAAUGUCUUUCUUCAACUGGUGGAACUUUGCAUUGUGUUUUGCAUUGCUUCUUGGUGCAACAGUGAUUGUUUAUGUCCAAGACAAUGUUAGUUGGGGAGUUUCUUGUCUAAUUCUCACAAUUCUUAUGGCUCUAUGCAUCAUAGCUUUCUAUCUAGGGAAACCUUUUUAUAGGUAUAGAAGGCCAGAAGGAAAUACUUUAAAACCAAUUAUACAGGUACUAGUUGCAGCUAUAAGGAAAAGAAAAUUAUCCUGUCCUUCAAAUCCUGAUUUGUUCUAUGAAAUUCCAAAGUCAGAUAAGUCUCAAGGAAGGCUUCUAUGCAAUACUAGCAACCUAAGGUUUCUUGACAAGGCUGCAAUAUUAGAAGACACGCCUGUUAAUCCAAAACACAAUCCAUGGAGAUUAGCAACAGUGACAAGAGUUGAAGAAACAAAGCUUGUUCUUAACAUAAUCCCCAUAUGGCUAGCUUCAUUAACAACUGGAAUAACUUUAGCACAAGCUACAACACUCUUUGUAAAACAAGCAGCUUCAAUGAACUUGAAGCUAAGCGACAAUUUCACAAUCCCACCAGGUUCUGUUGUCUCUGUUACAGCAAUUGGCACCUUGAUAUUUGUUCCCUUAUAUGACAAAGUUCUUGUACCAAUUAUGAGAAAAAUCACUGGUAAUGAAAGAGGCAUCAGCAUCCUUAGAAGAAUUGCCAUUGGCUUAGCAUUUUCAGUCAUGGUUAUGAUUGUUGCAGCCUUAGUAGAAGCUAAGAGACUUAGAAUGCAUGAGCAAGAAAUUCUCAGAUCAGGAGAAACAGGAAAAAAUACUAUGAGUGUCUUUUGGUUAGUCCCUCAAUAUUUGAUCCUUGGUUUCGGUGAUUCAUUUUCCCUUGUUGGUUUACAAGAGUAUUUCUACGACCAAGUUCCUGACUCAAUGAGAAGCUUAGGAAUGGCAUUAUAUCUUAGUGUGAUUGGAGUUGGAAGUUUCUUAAGCAGUUUUCUAAUCACUAUUGUGGCUCAUGUGACAGAAAAGAAUGGUAAAAGUUGGAUUGGGAAGGAUAUAAAUUCAAGUCGUUUGGAUAGGUUUUAUUGGAUGUUGGCAAUUAUCAAUGCUUUGAAUUUGUGUGCUUAUCUCUUCUUAGCAAAGAGGUAUACUUAUAAGAGUGUUCAGAGGAUAGGUAAUGAAAUUGAUGCCGGUAAGAGUGAUGAUGGGGUAGACAUGAUGGCAUGAUGAGAGCUACAAUGGUUUGAUCUCGCAUUUAUAUUUUUUUGCUGAAUCAAGUGUCUUACAUUGUUUCGCCAAGUUUACAUUUGUUGUAUAUUACCUAAUGUAUGGCUUGCUAAAAUUAGA